AUGGAAGAAACCGUACGGUCAUUGCUUCAAUACAAAUCCAAGUUUGAACAACUGAAACAAGAUCGACACUCUAUAGCCAACUCCUACGAAAAUCAAAUCCUACAACUUCAAAACGCAAUCACCAAACUCAAGAUUGAAAACGAAACAUUGAAGAAGCAGAUUGACACUCUCGAAGCAACGGGCAUCAGCCAAGUGCAAAAAGCGCUAGUCGAACGGCUCCGGAUAUUAGAACACGAGAAAAAUCGUAUCGAACGCGAGGGUGAACAACAGCGCAAACAGUACGAGAGGUGUCUAGACGACGUGGCCAAACAGGUGGUCAAAGCGGUCCUGUCACAAAAGGGUCUGCGGGAAGAGAUAUCCUCACUCCAGCACCGCGUCAAAGAGCUCGAGACCGGCAACUGCGCACUCUCCGCACUUCUGGUGCAACGGCUCCAGGGCCAGAAGAUUAACUAUUCACCGAACACGAUGCCGGUGGCCGAGAGCCGAUCGGUCAUGUUCGACAUUCACCGGUCGCCGUCCGUGAAAAUGGCUAUUGAGAGACCGGCGAGUUGCGAUCUCACCAAGGGACUGAAGAGAUUAAAAAAUGACGGAUGGCAGGCGGCCGUGUCGUACCACCGACCGCAAUCGUUGAAUCUAGAGAUUUGUUGCUCGCAUAACGUUGAAGAGUCGACGAAAUGCGACAGAGUGCUCGGUGACGAGACGCCUGAAAGUGGUAACCGAGACGAAGGGUAUUCGACCAUGUCAAGCGACGUGCAAGGCACAACCGAACCGCCGUCCACCAAAGGUUUAGAGGACGUGAAGGAAGCCAACGAGAACGAAUCGAACGCGCUCAUGGAAUCAUCGCCGUGUUCCAGGGCGAUGAACAGCGAGGACACGGACGUGAUAUUCUUGCCGCUCAGCCUUUCGUUCAGCUUCAUCAACCCACGUCACAGUUACCCACCACUGCGAUGUAUGCCAGCGGUGCACAACAUCAUGCGCAGCUACUCAGACUCGCACCUUUUCCUUAAGCUGGCCGCUGCCACAGGUGGUUUCGUCGAGGACGAGGACCGGACGUCGUGGUACAGCGGUGGUGAGCUGUGGGACAUGGACUAUGUGCAGCACUGGCUCCGGUUGGACGAGACGCGCACCGCUAUCCAACAACGGAUGGAGUACGACGCGGCCGAGCUGGAAGACUGGAGUAUGGACGACGGCACCGGGACGGCGACUGGAUGGAAAAGGAUGUCGGCGGUGGACGGAAAACUGCAACAAUCGUUGCCGUGCAUCGAGGAAGAUGACGCGACUGGCUCGUCGUCGACAUCCUGUGGUCGUAAAGGUGACCGCCUGCAAGACAUGGGAUCGACCAGAGACAUGUCGUGGUACCACUUCCAGCAACAGCACCAUCACCACCAACAACCACAACAACACCACCAACAACACCCCUACGUACAGCAGGGCCAAAUCCAGGUACACAAUCACCAUCAGCAUGACUGUCAGCAGCAGCAGCACAACCACCACCAUCACCACCUUCACCAACACCAGCCCCAGCAGCCGUCGUAUGGUUCAGGUUCGCCGGGUGGUGACUCGUGGUCGAGUGCGGACGAGUACGCGGCUGCCGACACUCCACCGUCCAAGAGGUCAUCGGUCAGCUGCUCCGUGGACAGCAUAGAACUGCUUCCACCACCUGGGCCGAUCGCUGGCACUGACUUCACUCGUGACUUUUACCGACUGGUCAAGUUCGAAAGCUCCAAAAGCCUGGCGUCCACCUCGUCGCGGAGUGUGACGGGUGGAGGAUGCGAUCAUCGGACGCCGCCGGUAGUUGAGGCCCAAUUGGACCGUGACCAGGCCCUACAGAGCGUGCUGGACUUCAUCGCAGAACAGCAGCAGUAUUGCUUGUCCCGGCAGGCUGAAGAUAAACGAGAACCACCGAGAGUGCCGUCACCUGUGGUCCCAGCCGAAGAGUCCCAUCACUCCGACCAACCUGUAGCUGAUCCUGGGCCUCAAACACCACCACCGUUACCUGCGCUACCGAUAUCCAAUCCGACACCACCAGUUGUACUGCUCGUGGGGCAUCAGACGUAUGACAGUAACAGCUGCAGCGACAACCUGCUCAAUUCCAAGGACAGCGGGCUGUGUGGCAGUGACGUAGAAAUUGAGUGUCUGCCUGAAGACUGCAGUUACGUAGCUGAACAAUCGCCGACGGCCACGUCUACACCCCUGUCCACGCUGCUUAGGACCGUGGUGGAGGAAGAUGAAGAGGCAUCAGCCAAAUCAACGUCCCCGCAGCCACCGUCGUCAUCCGUCGGCGCCGGUGGUUCGAGCAGUGGUUGUACGGCAGAUACCACGGUGUGCAUGGUCACCGCGUGGGCGGACGCGUCGUCCAAGGAUCUGAUCGACCAAUUGAACUGGAUGGACGGUUGCGGCGGAGGCCAUCCCCUCUUCGGAACGUCUCCAGAGGAUGACGUCGUCGAACGUCACUCUCCGUCGUCGUCACCUGACCUGGACGAGGCGUGCUGUUGUCCUACCGGAUGGGUGCACGUCGAACGAGAUAUCGACUUCGCUGAUCCAAAGGAACGAGCCAACCUGUUGGACGUCAUGCUGGCGUCUAGCCGGAGUUCAUCGAGCAGCACGAGCAGCGCGUCGACAGGCGAGGACGACGACGACAGCAGCUGCAGCAGUGGCGUCAGUGGCGGAAGUUGCAGUGGCGAGAGCUGCAGUGGCAGAGCCGAACGCGGCUGCAACGACACGUCCGACGACAGUAGCGACGACGAACGUGACCCAACCGACGACGACGUCGCUCACCUGGUCGGCAGACGGCGGACUACCGAGGCCGGAGUCGAUGCUGCAAACGAGGAAUCGUAUAACCGUCUGCACAAGUUGCAUCGGGUGCGCAGACAGAAAAAAGCGUCCGCCAUCCGCGACGGUUUCGGCGUGCUCCGGUGCCCGACAGCGGGACUCCGACAGUCGAUCGUGGGCCGCAGCGACUUCUUCGUCCGGUUCGGCGACAAGGAGCGAGAGGCCAUCUCCAACUUUGACUUCCUGGACGACCUGUCCACCACAUCGCUGAGCACCGACUCCAGCGACCACCCGCCUUCGCCCGGCCGGCCGGCCGCGUCCACGCCCGAGACCGCUUCCGCCUCGGCCGCAGCGCCCGCCAACCGCCGCGGCAAAUACUACUCGUACACGUGUUCCUCGUCGGCCACCGCGGCGGCCGCAAACGCGGCCAACUCCUCGAUGCCCGGCCACCGGCGGCCGUCCACGUCAUCGUCGGUGUUGCCCGCCGACUGCCGCCGGCAACGACGCCGCCGCUACUCCGGCCUGUCGCUGAGCGAUUCGUGCGGUGACUCGGACUGAGAUUGUACCUACCAUCCAUCCAAUAAUCGGCGGUUGCAACGAUAUUAUAAUAAUAUUACGAUCGUCAUUGUUUUUGUUUUAUUAUUAUUAUCACGUCAUGAUCAUAAGAUCUUAUUAUUAUUUGUGAACAAAAAUAUUUGUACGGUCCGUCAGGCCCCAAUAUCCUUCCGACGACUCCUCUGCGUUUCGCCUUUAUUUUUGAAAUUAAUAUAUAUUAUUAUAUUAUAUCCGCCCCCAAUAUACUAUAUUAUUAUUAUGGACUAUGAUGUGAUGAUAUUAGGUAUAUUAUGUACGUUUUCCGUGUUGGACAACAUUUAUUGGUACGAAACCGACGCAGUCGCCGACGCCGUUGGACUAAAAACGUUUUUUUAAAUAAAUUUAUACGAAAAAGUAGGGUAGGUAGGUGAUGGAAUGUACUCACUGCGCGUCUACGCAUAUAAAAGUGUUGUAAAACGUACACGUAAUAAUUCACACAAGAUUAUCGUCAUGGGCGCGAUUCUUAUGGAGGGGUGGCUUGUGGUUCAUUAGAACCCCCAGUUUUUUGGGGGCAACUUUUGUAUGUUUAAUUAGCGCCCUUUUAAUUUUGGAUUCCCCAGUUUUUUCAUUGAAAUCGCGCCACUGAUUAUUAUAAAACUAAAGUAAAUAAUCUGUACGAUCAUGUGCCUAAUACAGUAUAAUAUCUUGUAUAGUCGUCGGAGGCGCCGAGGUUUUUAGUAUUAUUAUUAUAAUUUCAUUGUGUUAAAUAUUAUAUUAUGUGUAUGUUACACUCAUAUAUUAUUAUUAAUUAUUAUUAUAUUAUUGUAUUAUAUUUUAUUAUAUUUUAAUUAAUAUUAUACGUCUUAUUGUAGUUAUUGUUUCGUUUGACGGCGCCGCUUGUACCUCGUGAAAAAAACCGCGUGUUUUCUUCUUAUUAUUAUUACAUAUUAUUAUUAUUAUUUUGUCUAAUAAUAAACAAUUAUAAACGUGCAUAAAAUAUUAUUAUUAUUAAUAUUAUAUUAUUGUAUAACUAUUAUUGUCGUAUCGAUGAUAUUUGCAGUGUGUGUGUAAUAUAAAUACAUAUUAUACAUUAUAUAUAUAAAAAUACAUUA